UAUCUUUUGAACGACCACCCUUCCCCCGUAUUUGAGGCGAAAGCCCUUCUUUCCUCCGGCUGGUUCUCCUGAAUAACGCACAACCAAUGAUCACCAUGUCGUCUUCUGUCCCCGAGUUCCUCUUAUUGUCCGCCACAUUACUUGACGCUCUGCCAUCUUCUUCACCCAUCGAUGAUACGCUGCUGCUACAACUACAUAUAGUUUUCGGCCCUAUGUUGAUGUCUGCAUUACAGCUCAUUGACCGUCGUGAAGUGGUCAGGGUCAUUUUGCCUACAGGUAGACAUGUGUAUCAAGUCGCCUCUUCAGCCGGCAAGAGUUACACUCUUUACAUCAACACGCCAGAUUCUUCUAUACACGAAAAAACGAGCCUUGUAAACGAGCCGGAACCAGGAGAGGCUUCCGAGAACGUGCAGCUCAACCAACUUCCAUCAGAUCCUUUUGCUGUGUCUUCUGAUAUCUCAGGGUGGCAACGAGACCAAAGCAAGAGAUCAGAAAUAAGUAUCAGCGAAAGUGAAGAAUCGCGGCGGAGGAGAAUUCAUGCAUCUGGGAAAGAACUUCAGAGGAUGUACUGUCCUUGCGCGGGAUUCAGCUACAAUUCGCUUUCCGGCGGACAAAAUGUUCUGUGCAAGCACCUACUCGCAGUAGUAAUUGCUAGAAAGACGUCUACUUGGGUAGAGGGUUCUGUGGGGAUGGAAGGAGUGGCGGCAAUUGUUACGUAAUAAUUAGCACGUGGCAUUUCCGGUUCGGGUAAUUCUGUCGAUACAAACACCGCAUGAUGGCUU